GUGGUGGGUUCCCUUUUUCUUUUGUCUUUUAAUGGGUUUCCCUGCUGGCCGCCAGUUUUGCAGAAAGGUUUCUUGAAUCUCCGGCCGCUAAUUAAGGUGCUGUUUUUACUUUCCCGGCUGGCCUUCAUGGCAGACCUAGCCGCCGCUCACACCCCGACACAUUUUAGAAAGAAGAAGAUCAUUGGACAGCAAAAGAGGGAGGAACUCGAAAGAGAGGUUUCUGAGCUUAGUAAAAUGCUGGAACAUGAACAAAAGGUGCGAGAAUUUCUGGAUCGUGUUUACCAGCGGAAGAAUGCUUCAGUUCUCAGCAUCCCAAAUUUUCUUCCUCCAAAAAUGAAGGAGGUUUUGGGCGAGUUGGGCAUGGUGGAAAGCGAGAUAAGUCGGCUAGAAACCCAAAUCACCCAGCUCCAAGCAGAGGUGAAGCAGGCCAAAAUGGAAGCUGCCAAUAAGGCCAAAGAAGAGGCAAGAAUGAAGCCAUUAUGGCACCACAUAUCUUCUUCCCUUACACCAAACAAUAAUCCACCAUCAUCCAAUAACCUGCACACCAAAUUGCCAUUUGAUACCAAGGCACUGCACUUCAUUAGCAAAGCCAUCAAGGGCGACUAUGGCAUCAAGAACUUCAGCAGUGUAAACGAGACAUCUUUGAGCCCCAGUUUGCAGAAAGGAACGCAGCUUGAUUCAAAGGAGAAUCAUCAGUUCCAUGAAGGAGUUAUUAGAACGUUCGGAGAGAGGGUUCCCAGGAAGAGUGGCUUCAUCAAACCUGCCUCCCCCUUGCGAGAGCCUCGCCAACCCACCCCUAGGAGAGAACGCAACGUGGAGAUGUCAAUGGACAUGUCACACAAAUUCAUGUCCACUUCAUGGCUAUCAGAACCGGCCCCAAAAGUGAUGCCAUCUCCCAUUCACUCAUCGGAAGAAGCCAUUCAGAGAUGGCCUCCCAACAAGCUAUCGGAGAGCAUCAUGAAAUGCCUGCUCUACAUUUACGUGCGACUGCUCCGAACCUCCAGAGCUAUGGAGAUCGAGAAGUCAGGCACCAUAGCUCGCUCCAACAACUUCUCCCUCAGCUUCAGAUCCGAGCCGAGCCUGAACGUGAAAACCAGUCUAGCCAUUCAUAAACAGUCGAGACAGCAGGACCCUUACGGCAUUUUUGACUCGGAAAACUCUGUUCCCAGAGACAUCGGGCCUUACAAGAAUUUGGUUAGGUUUUCGUCCACUUCUAUGGAUACCAAAUGCAUCUCAACUUCUAGCUCCGUUCCCUUGUUCCAAAAGCUCAAGGUUUUGAUGAACAAUCUAGAGAAGGUGGAUUUGAGGUUUUUGACACACCAACAGAAGUUAGCAUUCUGGAUCAACAUGUACAAUGCUUGUAUCAUGCAUGGAUUUCUUCAAUAUGGAGCUCCAUCUAGUUCUACGCCAGAAAAACUGGCAUCACUUAUCAACAAGGCGACAUUAAACAUCGGAGGUCAUACAAUAAACGCACAAGGUAUUGAGCAUUAUAUUCUGAGAAAACCACUGGAAAAAGAGGGUAAACAAGAUGAAAAGGGGAGCACAAUUCCUUCACUCUAUUGUAUAGGCUCCCUCGAUCCAAAUAUCACAUUCGCAUUGUGUUGUGGCACUCGUUCUUCACCCGCUGUGAAAAUAUACACGGCGGAGGGGGUAGCGGCGGAGCUAGAAAAAUCGAAGCUGGAGUAUUUACAAGCUUCGAUCAUCGUGACGAACACGAAGAAGAUUGCGUUGCCGGAGCUUCUGCUAAGAAACAUGCGUGAUUUUGCACAGGAUUUGGAUUCAUUGCUGGAUUGGGUUUGCCAGCAGCUACCCACGUCGGGAUCUCUCAGAAAAUCCAUCGUGGAUUGCUUCAGGGGCAUCCAUGGCGGCGCAAAACCGUCCGCCAUUGUUGAGAAAAUACCUUAUGAAUUCGAGUUCCAGUAUCUUUUAUCUGUAUGAUGAAUUACUGAUUUUAUCUGUAUUCAAAUGUAUAUUUCUUUUAUAAGGCUAGUUCGUAAAAUGUGUAUACUUGUGUUAUGUUUCAUCGUUAAUAUUUUUGUUAUAUACGGAGUAUAUGAUUUUGUACAAAAUAUUUGAUCCA